CACUGCCUCCCGUUCAGCCUUCGAUCCCCUUUUGUUGGCUGCGUGUCUGUGGUAUCUGCUUGCUCCCUGUCACGUCUGGAAUAGCGCUUGCGCUUCAUCAUCCCGCUCUCUCUCUUGCUUACUACCCUCUAAUCCGACUCCAGUCGUAAUGCAUCUCUCGAAACAUCUGGCGCUGGUCUCGCUUUCCCUCCUUUCGACUCUCUCCGCAGCACAUGGCGCAUCCGUAACACGGCGAGCCACAACCUGCAAUGGACACGCCGAGUUAUGCGAUCGUAGCUACGGCAAUGUCACGUUCGUCGGGGCACAUGAUUCCUAUGCAGUAGGAACAAACAACCUCGCUGCCAAUCAGGAUUACAACAUCACUCAACAAUUGAACGAUGGCAUCCGUAUGCUUCAAAUGCAAGCACAUAACAAUGGAGGCACCAUUCAGCUGUGUCAUACCAGCUGUUCCCUAUACAACGGUGGGACCCUUCAGGAUUACCUGACGACAGUGAAGACAUGGUUGGACGCGAACCCCAAUGAUGUUCUCUCACUCCUCAUCGUGAAUUCCGAUGAUUUGCCGCCGUCCCAAUACGACGCUGUCUUCAAGACGGUAGGAUUGGAUACGAUGUCAUAUACACCCGCCUCGUCCCCCAUUACGCAGAGCUCAUGGCCCACGCUGGGUUCCAUGAUUGACUCGGGCAAGCGCUUGGUCACGUUUAUGGAUGCCUCGGCGGACUUCACUGCCGUACCCUACAUCAUUGACGAGUUCACCAAUAUUUGGGAGACUGCGUAUGACGUAACCGACACAACUUUCAACUGCGAGGUCAACCGUUCGAAAGGGGAUACCUCUACGGAGAUGUAUCUCAUCAAUCACUUCCUGGAUCAGCUUGUUCUGGGGAACCCUGUACCGGAUGUGGGCAACGCUGCCAGUACUAACGCGGUAUCCGGUGUUGGUUCGCUGGGUCAACAGGUUGCGACAUGCGCUGCCCAGUAUGGCAGGAACCCGAACUUCAUGCUAGUUGAUUUCUACGAAUAUGGUGGAGGAUCUGUUUUCCAGGUAGCGGCCUCCGCGAAUGGCGUGGACUACUCCCCAUCUACUCCAGUUGCUUCGCCAAAGUCUCAGACGUCGGAUUCUUCGAACUCGACCGGUGGCUCCAGUUCGGCUGCUCCAAUUGACUUCCGGAUAAACCAGAGUCAUGCUGUCGCUGUCUCAGCCUUAAUCUUCAGCGUGUUGCUUGGGGCAUACAGUGUUGUGUAGGCGUUGCAACUUCAUCUCACGAUCAUCUCGCAUCCAGUAGCCAAAAUGUACUUUGCGGACUGCACCAUAGGACACAUUC